AUGGGCCUGUUCCGACCAGGGCGGGCAAGGUCCCUCCUCCUCACCACGCUCGCCGUGAUCCUCGUCUGCACCGUUUACCUCUACUGGACCCCGACCACCGCAUCCACCACCGCCUCGGUGGUCCCGAGCACCGCGUUCGAAGUGCCCCUCGUGGAACGCCAAAAGGAUUUCUGGAAGGCCUUUAAACCGAUCAUCGAACGACACAAACCCAACGUCCCAUCUCCGGGCAAAUCUGGCGAUGCGGAAGCGAUGCAUUUCAACCCCACGGAUCCCCAUCCCCGGCCCGACCUGACAACGUUGAGCGAGGGGGAUGCCAAGGCGAUGGAAGAGGCACAUGCGAAUUUUGUCCGGGAUAUCAAAGAUUCGUUGAAAGACUUGAAGCCCGCGCACACCCCGGGGAAGCGAGGGCUUGUAUCCACAGCGGGUGCGAAAUAUCUCCCGGUUUUUGUUUCCUCCCUGCGCAUGCUCCGCCGCGCAGGAUCAACCCUGCCGGUCGAACUAUAUAUGAAAGAUGCCAGUGAACACGAAAAGGGCGUUUGCAAAGACGUGCUCCCCGAACUCAAUGCGCGGUGUCUGGUGUUGGCGGACGUCGUGGGCAAGGACGUCAUCGAACACUACCAACUCAAGAUCUUCGCGGUUCUCUUCUCAUCCUUCGAAGAAAUUGUCUGGAUGGACGCCGACUGUUUCCCUCUAGGAAAGCCCGAGGAUCUCCUCACCUCGGAGCCCUUCUCAUCCACCGGCCUGGUCACAUGGCCUGAUUUCUGGUCCUCUUCCGCGUCUCCCCUAUAUUACAAGAUCUCGCGGCAAGAGAUACCGCCCAUGACGGCUCGACAGUCGUCAGAGACUGGGGCGUUCCUGGUGUCGAAGAAAACACAUCUUCUGCCACUGUUGUUGGCCGCCUACUACAACUACUACGGCCCAUCCCAUUACUUCCGGCUGCUGUCUCAGGGAGGGCCGGGAGAAGGAGACAAGGAAACUUUCUUGCAGGCCGCCAUGUCCAUGAAAACAUCCUUCUACACCGUGAGCGAAAGGGUGCAAGCCGUUGGGCACCAAAGCUCGAAGGGGCUCUCUGGGUCUGCCAUGGUCCAGGCGGAUCCGCGAGAGGACCAUGCCCUCACCAAGCAGAACAAAUGGCGGGUCAAAGAUCCCUCCGCGGGUCCUGCACCGCGCAUCUUUUUCAUCCAUGCGAACUACCCCAAAUUCAAUCCUGGGGAUAAUGUCUUUGGCUCGGGAUGGGAAACCACCCCCACCCUAAAAGAGGACGGCUCUGACAGCCGAGCAUGGACGGCACCGCCAGACACCAUCCGGCGGUUUGGGUACGAUGUCGAAAAGGCUUAUUGGGAGGAAAUCAAAUGGGUUACCUGUCAUCUCGAAACCGCGUUCCAGACAUGGGAGGACAAGCCCGGCCUCUGCCAAAAAGUCGAGCAAUAUUGGAGCCACGUUUUCGCGAAACCACAUGGCGAUGACCCGAAGUUUGAAAAGGAUGGUUGA